GUGCACACAACUUAGCUGAAAAUCCAAGAUGGCUGUUCAGGCAUCCUCUCUUGAUGUAAUAAAAUCUGCAGCAAAGAAGUUCAUUGAUUUUGUGAACAAUGGUCCAUCACCAUAUCAUGUUGUCAAUGAGUGUAGAAAGGUGUUGUCAGCAGCAGGAUUUAAGGAGCUCAAGGAAAAAGAUCACUGGGAAAUCAAGCCUUCUGACAAGUGUUUUGUGACAAGGAACCAGUCAACAAUCAUUGCAUUUGCUGUUGGUGGGAAGUAUGUUCCUGGUAAUGGUUUCAGCAUUGUGGGAGCUCAUACUGAUAGUCCCUGUCUCAAGGUGAAGCCAAACUCCAAAAAGAGCAACAACGGUUAUCAACAGGUUGGAGUGGAGUGCUAUGGAGGUGGAAUAUGGGCUACUUGGUUUGAUAGGGAUUUGAAAUUGGCUGGCAGAGUCAUGAUUAAGAAAGGUGAUAGAUUGCAGCACCAUUUGGUUCACAUUGACAGACCAAUCAUGCGUGUUCCACAUCUGGCAAUCCAUCUGCAGCGUGACAUUAAUGACAAGUUCUCACCAAAUAAAGAAACUCACAUAACACCCAUCUUAUCAACUUGUGUAUACGAAAGUCUGUUGAAUAAGCCAGCCAGUGAAAAUGGCAACAUUGCUAAAGAACCUAAGGAAAAAAAGUCAAGGAGCAAUUCUCAUCAGUCAACUCUGGUCAAACUCCUAACAGAGGAGUUGAAAUGUGAACAAGAUCAUAUCAUAGACUUUGACUUGCACCUGGCCGAUACCCAGCCUGCUACAUUGGGUGGUGCACUGGAGGAGUUUAUCUUCUCACCAAGAUUGGACAACCAAGUCAGCUGUUUUUGUGCCUUGCAGGGUCUUGUUCAAUCUCUGGAAAGUUCAUCUUUAGCUUCAGAUCCCAACAUCCGAAUCAUAGCAUUGUAUGACAAUGAAGAGGUUGGUUCUGAGAGCGCACAAGGAGCAGGGUCAAUGCUCACGGAGCACAUUCUGCGUCGGCUGUCAGCAGGUGGGACAGCAACUAGUUUUGAGGAAGCAAUACCCAAGUCAUUUCUUCUCAGUGCAGACCAAGCUCAUGCAGUCCACCCAAACUAUGCAGAAAAACAUGAGGAGAACCACAAACCUGCUCUUCACAAGGGUCCAGUAGUAAAAAUUAAUAGUAAUCAACGAUAUGCAACAACAGCACUGUCCUCUAGCAUUUUAAGGCUGAUUGCAGAGAAGAAUGAGGUGUCAUUGCAGGAAGUGUGUGUGCGGAAUGAUUCCCCUUGUGGAACUACAAUAGGACCCAUCCUGUCUGCUAAGCUUGGAUUAUUAACCUUGGACCUUGGUGGUCCCCAGCUAGCAAUGCACUCCAUCCGAGAAAUGUGCUGUUCUUCCAUCGUACAUCAAGAGACACAACUAUUCAAGAGUUUCUUUGAGACACUUCCAACAGUACUGGAUUCCAUCACAGGAGCUGACUAAAGUCAAGCCAGCAGUGUUCUUGAGUUUCAUUUUGCUUGAAUCUUCUCCCCAAUCUCUGUCUGAAUUAUUUUUGCCCACGUCUCCAAGGUGUUCUCGGAAUCGGUCACUAAUUUAUUCGUGCUUUUCUCGUUGCCAUGUUCCCACCAAUAACGUAGCUCCAUU